GCGGGGGCGGGGCCGCGGCGACGCGGGGUUGACAGGCGCAGAUGGCGGCGGCGCAGGGCUCCUGAGCCGGAGGCGGCCAUGAGCGCCGCCCGGCCCCAGUUCAGCAUCGAUGACGCCUUCGAGCUGUCCCUGGAGGACGCGGGUCCCGGGCCCGAGUCCAGCGGGGUCGCCCGCUUCGGGCCGCUGCACUUCGAGCGCCGGGCCCGGUUCGAGGUUGCCGACGAGGACAAGCAGUCCCGGCUGCGCUACCAGAACCUGGAGAAUGAUGAGGAUGGAGCCCAGGCCUCGCCAGAACCGGAUGGGGGAGUCAGCACCAGGGAUUCUGGCCGAACAUCUAUACGCAGCUCCCAGUGGUCCUUUAGCACCAUCAGCAAUAGCACCCAGCACACCUACCAUUCCUGCUGCAGCUGGACCAAACAUCCUUUGAUCCAGAAGAACCUCCGGGUUGUGCUAGCCUCCUUCCUGCUCCUGCUGCUGGGGACAGCGCUGAUCCUGGUCGGCGUGGGACUGGAGGCGGCCCCCUCGCCAGGUGAGCGCCCCUUCCCACCCGAAGGCAGCAGCCUUGGCCUUGCGCCCGAGGUCUACCACGUGAUCUUUAUCUACUGCGCCGUCAAAGGCCACCGGGGCUUCCAGUUCUUCUACCUGCCCUACUUCGAGAAGUGAGCCGCUGGCGGCACGGUCGAUGCCUGCGUUUCGAGGCCGGGAGGCCGAGCCGUCACCUCGCGCGGGGAGGCUACUCCGAACUGUGCGCCUCUUCUCAAGGGAAGAGGUCCUCUGGGACCCUCGCAACCCCAUACCCCCAGGAGUUUGCUCAGGAAGUGUGGGGCGCCACCCCUUGCCUGCUUUGUGCCUUAACUUAUUCUCAGGCCCUGGAGUGUUGAGUCGAUGUUAUUUUGUGCUAAUAAAAGGAUCAUUAAUUCCA